AUGGCUAUGGAUCCGUCCGAUGGGGAAACGAGGUCCCAUCUGCAACUGCAGGCCGAUCGGGUGACCAUUGAGUCGCUGGAGAGCACGAGGCGGUCGGUGGCGAUGUGCGAGGAGAGCUGGGACGCGGGGGCCAAGACACAGGUCGCACUACAAAGGCAGGGGGACCAGCUGGAUGGAGUGGAGCAGGCGAUGAUGCAGAUCCGUGUGGAGGUGAGGGAGGCGAGCGGGAACCUGGCUAAGAUGCGGCGGUGCUGCUGCCUCUGCACACUACCGUGCCGGAGGGCAUCGCGAUUCGAGGAGGUCGCGGUGUGGAAUAGGGGCGGGAACGGGAAGGUGGUCGGGCGACAGCCAAAGAGGCUCGCGCCACUCGAAGUCGCCUCGGACUGCAUCCCCAGGCUGACGGACGACGCAAGGGAGGACGAGAUGGAGGCAAACGUGCAACGGAUCGCUCAAAUAAUCGGAAACAUGCGCGCCAUGGCCAUCGACAUCGGCUACGAGGUCGAGGCCCAGAAAGCGCAGGUGGCCGUCAUCGCCGGCAUGGCUGCAUCCAACGAAAUUCACAUCAAGGAAGUGAAUAAUCUGGCAGGCAAGAUUCUUAAAUCGCAGUAG